CUAUAGACCAUUGGCACAGUUAACUCGCCCAGAAACAAAAGGUACGCGUCCCGUCCAAGAAGGGUUUAUGCAGAUACAGCAUAAAAGGUUUCCGUACGUAAGAGCAGGCAAAAGAAAUUUGAGUUAUUUUUAGGCAUAUACACACGGAAAGAAAGAAUGAAGGUAAACAAAGAGGAAACGAGAGGCGAAUUGGUGACGCCAGGGGAAGUUUUAGGAAAAUCAGCGGAGUUGAAAGCAGGAAAAGGUGCUUAUGUUUCGCCCCACAAUAAGACCGUCUAUGCCUCUCUAACUGGAUUCCGAACCCUUACCUAUCCUCUCCCUGACUCUCCUGACACGAGGCCAACAGUAGAUGUGAUUGGUCAUAAGGCCCAUGGUGCUGUUCCCGAGAUUGGUGCUAUUGUCAUUGCAAGAGUUACUAAAGUGAUGGCUAGAAUGGCUUCAGCAGAUAUAAUGUGUGUAGGUCCCAAGUCUGUACGAGAAAAAUUUUCAGGAAUUAUUAGGCAACAAGAUGUCAGAGCAACUGAGAUUGACAAAGUAGAUAUGCACUCCUCCUUCCGCCCGGGUGACAUUGUUAGGGCUCUAGUUCUAUCCCUUGGAGAUGCUCGGGCGUAUCAUUUAUCAACUGCUAAAAAUGAGCUUGGUGUUGUAUCUGCAGAAAGUGCAGCAGGUGCAACGAUGGUUCCCAUAAGUUGGACAGAGAUGCAGUGUCCUUUGACAGGUCAAAUUGAGCAGCGAAAAGUUGCUAAAAUUGGAAUGGCUGCUGCUUCUCUUUCGCUCCUCCGCCUUCAACCACCAUUAAUAUCCCAUUACCUUAAUACCCACCACUUUUUCCAAAUUCCCCAAAAUAUCCCAAUUCUUUCACACUGCAAAACCCCCAAAUUCAGGUCUUUAAAGAAAGUAUUGUUUGCUCUUGCAGAAUCAUCAGAUUCUCCCAAUUCCGUUGAUUCUGAAGUUCAGCUUCUCCUCAAAGAACUCUCUGAUGCUUUUGUUCUUCCGGCAGAUUAUUUUUUGCGGCUGCCUCGGGAUCUUCGGUUAGAUCUGAAUGAUGCGGCUUUUGAUCUUUCAAAUGGACCAGUCAAAGAUGAGUGCGGUGAAGACUUGGGACAGACAUUAUUGAACAUAAGUCGAGCAUGGGAAGUUGCAGAUACAGCAACCUCUGCGACUCUAGUGAGCAAGCUCCCUUUGUUAGUGGGUACUCUGACGGACAGUAAUAAGUCAGCACUGGGCAAGCGCUUGAUAUCUUCUGGGAGGAGGUUCCAGUCGAUGGGCCAAUAUGGUCAAGGUGAACUACAGAUGAUUGCCAAAGUGAUGAUUAGGACUGGAAAUCUUUUGUCUUCAAUUCCAGUAUCUGAGACAGCUAAUGAAGAACCAAAACCUGAAACCAGGAUGCUGAAGUUUGGAGAGCUUCAAGUUGAACUGACUUCAGAAAAAGCGUACAUUGGGGCUGUUAUUGCCUUUGUUUUUGGGAUCAUUUCAUGGCAAUUAAGCCAAGGCGUUCAAAGUACUCCAGAGAGCUCACUGCAGUAUACCAAUGACAAUGCUUUGCUUCUUGCCAAGUCACUGCGAGGGGCUCUACUUGCAGUUUGUUAUACAUCAACAAUCUUGUCCGGUUUUGCAACAGUGGGGCUUGUCUUAUAUGGAGGACAACUGAAGUCAAAGGGAAAAUGAGGUUGCAGAUUUUGUACUUAGUGUGUGUGUGCGUGUCCUUUUUUUUUUUGACACCUAAUUAUUUACAUUAAAAGUUGACUUAAAUUGCGUAACAUAAUGAUCGACAAACUCCCAUGGCCCUGCAGGGACAUUAGAUCAAAUUCAUCUCACAGAAACUUGAAUACUAUUCUCAUAGUCAUAAUGCAGUGAAUCAAGGCUGAAUGAAUUUUGAAAAUCUGGCUUAACUGCUAGUAUUUUCGGCCUAAGCAUCUUACAUGUAGUAUCAGCGAAACAUGUUACUUAUCUGAUAAAUUUUGAUAUUUGGUUUCUAUAAAGCCAUUACACUGAACUGUUGUGCUUCA